AUGGACCACCGCGGCCAGCGUCCCCCACGCUCAGCCCGACCACCGGGUCAACAGCCACCUCAGCAUCAGCCUCCGCCCCAGUCCCAGUCCCCGCCUGCAUACCCCGCCGUGUAUCCGGCUGUCUACCCUUCACAGGCAUACUCCGAUCAGUCAGCCGCCGCCUACCGCCCCCCGCCCCAACCCCAGGCAAGCUACUCGGCGUCCUCGAGAGGGAUCUCCUUCCAGCACACCGAGGGCGGUGACCGUCGCGACCCUCUCGACCAGAAUCGCCAGCGGCACUAUUCGGCAUACCAGCCCACCUCCCCCACCCCGAUGGACGUCGAGGGCGGUUUCUCGGACGGCAGGGUAGGCAGGAAGAAGUCCCUCGUCCGCCCCGACAGGGAGAAGAUCGACCCAGGCCACCGCCAGUGGCACUACCGCAACCACGCCGCCCAGCUCGUCGACGAGGGCGGCGACGCCAUUCCCUCCGCGACGGGCAACGCUCCCCAGCGAGGCCAACUGCGCCGUGGGAAGUCGCUGCUCGGGCGAGAAGAAGACCAGCACGAAUCAGGACUCGCCCUCUUCAAGCGCGGCACCCUACGACGGAAGAAGUCCGCGGGGGGUACAGCCAAACCCUCCGAUGCGCCCAAGUCUGGCAGCUGGCUCGACAACAUCGGCCCAGGGCCCAAGGAUGCCUGGUACAUCUACUGUUAUUUGUCGACGUGUUUCGUCCCCACGUUCCUUUUGCAUUCUUGCGGUGAGUGCUUUGAUUUUCGCGUGCCUUGGGAAAAGUGGCGUGUGCGAGCCGACUUCGAGUUAGGCAUCCGCACCCCCGAAGCACAACGAGCAUGGCGCGAGAAGAUGGGUCUCCUCUACAUUAUCUUGAGCCUCAUGGCUGUCGUCGGUUUCAUCACAUUCGGGUUCACCGAGGUUGUAUGCGGUCAGCAGCCCAAUCGCUUCCAGUCCGAUCAUAUCGAUACCGCCUCCGUCAUCAUCCAUGGCUUCGACUACGACUUCAGCAAAUUCAGCCACCCUCAGGUCGGGGAUUUCAACGGCAAGGUGAACCCGCUUUUCGAAGGGAACUGGGGUGCUGCCGGUGCAGACAUCUCCUUCCUCUUCCAAAACACGAACGGAAACUGCCGUCAGUUCAUCACGAAAUCAGGCAACUCGACCAUCACUGGCAGCAAUGGAAAUCUUGACUGGUACUUCCCGUGCAACAUCUACAACCAGUUCGGCACAUCCGGCGUCAAUCUCACCAAUUAUGACAAGGACACGACCUGCCAUACUUCUUCUACUGCGCGCAACCAGCUCGCAGCUAUGAAACCGCAGGGUCAAGUAUACUAUACUUGGGAUCAGAUCCACAACUCUUCGCGUAAUUUGGCGGUCUUCGAAUCAUCGGUUAUCGAUUUGGGCCUUCUAAAUUGGUUGAGUAAGGCGGAGGUUAACUACCCCGACCUAUUCGAUGAGAUGAAGCAACCAAAUGGCACUUUCAACGGCAAGGACCUGAGCAUGUACUUCCUCCGCACGAACCAGCGCACGCUCGGAAAAUGCUUGGAAGAGAUCGCCAUCGUCGGAUUUGUGGACACAAACAGCAUUGGGUGUGUUGCCUCUCAGGUUGUGCUCUAUGUCUCCCUUGUCUUCAUUGUCGGUGUCGUUGGCAUCCGUUUCGUCAUGGCCGUCCUCUUCUCCUGGUUCUUCUCCUGGAAGCUCGGCAACUUCAAGCGCGAGACGUACGAGGAGCGUAUGCGUCGUGCGGCCGAGAUUGAGAGCUGGGCGGACGACAUCUACCGCCCGGCUCCCAGCCAGUAUCGCCCGAGCGUGCAGAAGAACGGCCUCACCAAGGAGCACAAGCGUAGGACCUUCCUUCCCAGUACCUCUCGUUUCACACCUUCGGAGGGCGUCCUCAAGGGAGUCGGCGGUCGUCCGUCAACCGCCUACGGUAUGCUGGAACCUAUGCCCUACAAGCGUAGCACCACGAUGAGCGUCUAUGGCGCGCCAAGCUCCAAGGGCGCGAAGCCUUCGCCUCCAGAUACCCCAUAUCGCCAAUCCCGCAGCUCGACCUCGCUCGUCACGGAUUCACAGCGCUUCGCUGACAAUCCGUGCCCGUUCCCUCUGCACAAUGUCGUCCCUCAGCCAUCGUCAGACUUCCAGCCUUUCGGGUACCCGCUCGCCCACACCAUCUGUCUCGUCACGGCUUACUCCGAGUCUGUCGAGGGUCUCCGCACGACUUUGGACUCUCUGGCCACCACCGACUACCCGAACAGUCACAAGCUGCUUUUGGUCAUCGCCGACGGUAUGGUCAAGGGAGCCGGCAACACGAUGACUACGCCUGAAAUCUGUUUGACCAUGAUGAAGGAGUUCGUCAUCCCUCCCAACGAGGUCGAGCCGCACUCAUACGUUGCCAUCGCGGACGGCCACAAGCGCCACAACAUGGCCAAGGUGUACGCCGGCUUCUACGACUACGACGACGCGACGGUGGAGCGGUCGAAGCAGCAGCGCGUUCCCAUCGUUCUCGUCGCCAAGGUCGGCAACCCGCUCGAGGUGAACGACGCGAAGCCGGGCAACCGUGGGAAGCGCGACUCGCAGAUUGUCCUUAUGGGGUUCCUCCAGAAGGUCAUGUUCGACGAGCGGAUGACGACGUUCGAGUACGAGUUCUUCAACAGCGUGUGGCGCGUGACGGGCGUGAGCCCGGACCGGUACGAGCUCGUGCUGUGCGUCGACGCGGACACGAAGGUCUUCCCGGACUCGCUGAGCCGGAUGGUCAGUUGCAUGGUGAACGAUUACGAGAUCAUGGGCCUCUGUGGUGAGACGAAGAUCGCGAACAAGGCCGAGACUUGGGUAACGAUGAUUCAAGUAUUCGAGUACUACAUCUCUCACCACCUGAACAAGGCGUUCGAGUCCAUGUUUGGUGGUGUCACCUGUUUGCCUGGGUGUUUCAGCAUGUACCGUAUCAAGGCUCCCAAGGGCGACGGUGGGUACUGGGUCCCUGUUCUCGCGAACCCGGAUGUCGUGGAGCACUACUCGGAAAACGUGGUCGACACGCUGCACAAGAAGAACCUGCUGCUCCUGGGUGAGGAUCGGUACCUGACAACGCUCAUGCUCAAGACGUUCCCGAAGCGCAAGAACGUCUUCUGCCCGCAGGCCGUCUGCAAGACUGUCGUCCCGGACACAUUCGGCGUGCUGCUCUCGCAGCGCAGGCGUUGGAUCAACUCGACCAUCCACAAUCUCGCCGAGCUCCUUCUCGUGAGGGAUCUCUGUGGUACAUUCUGCUUCUCGAUGCAGUUCGUGGUCGGGAUGGAGCUUGCGGGCACGCUCGUCCUCCCCGCCGCCAUCUCGUUCACGGUCUACCUCAUCGUUUCGUCGAUCAUCCCGGGCGGGCCCAACACGACCAUCCCGCUCAUCCUGCUCGCUAUCGUCCUCGGUCUACCUGGAUUGCUCAUCGUCAUCACGUCGCGCAAGGUCGCCUAUGUCGGGUGGAUGCUCGUCUACCUGCUCUCGCUCCCGAUCUGGAACGGUAUCCUGCCGUCGUACGCGUUCUGGCACUUUGACGACUUCUCGUGGGGUCAGACGCGUCAGGUCGCCGGGGACAAGGCUGGUGGGAACCAUGGAGACAAGGAGGGCGAGUUCGACUCGUCGCAUAUCGUUAUGAAGCGGUGGGCCGAGUUCGAGCGGGAGAGGCGCUGGAAGAGCGGGACGCAAUCGAGGGACUCGACUGCCUAUGACCGGUCUGCGUCACCCAAGAGGCCCGAUGUGAACAGGUACUCGCUGGUGUCUGACUAUCAACCCCCACAAUUGCCACCCCAGCCUUUCGAUCAGAGCACAUACGAAUCCUCGUACUCCAGCGGCGGCGCUCCUCCUCCCCCUCCUCGAUCCAGACACGACAGCACCGGUCAAGUCCUCACGCUUCCUACGCCCCUGUCCGUUAGCCGGACAAUGCCUGCUUCUGCGACGCCAUCGGCCUCGACAGUCGCACUCUCGCGCUCGAGCGAAGAGGGCUACAACUCCGACAUCGGAUCGCAGCAGCGCCUCGUCAGCCCCCAGGAGUCAUCCCAGGAGGACGAGCGGUACCAGACCCCGAACAACUUCGAGGCUCGGGUCUCGCGCUCCGGCGGCGUCCUCCGGCAAGGCACCAUGUCGGCGCAGUACCCGGGCGAGACGCAGAACGCGUAUCAGUACUCGCCCCAGACCGCUGGCUUCGACGAACCAUCCGUACCGUUCAUUGCGGAGCCCGAGGACAUGUCGCCGACCCCUGCCCAGCUUCGCGCGCGUGGGAUCAGCCUGUCCGAUCACGGGCCGGUUCCAGGGCCGGGUGGCGUAAGGCGGGUGUCGAGGCAGCAGAAUAGGCGGCCGUCGUCGCAGGCACCGCAGCAACAACAACAGCAGCAGCAGCAGCAGCAGCAGCAGCAGAACCAGAACAGGUACUCGCGCACGUUCAACCUCCCGCCGGGUGCAGCACCACCGCAGUCAGGUCAGGGAUAUGGAUACUAGAUCGGAUGUGAGAACCGAGACGUUUCCGCAAUGUGUGAAACCGGACUGUUUGAAGACCGUUUUGUAGUAUGACUCUGUCACGACCUUGCCCUUGAUGUACACGGACCUCGAUCAGGCAUGCGCUAGUAAAUACUACUUAGUUACAUUCCUUCUCCCCUUACCUCUUCCGCUUUAAUCAUCUUGAUUCUCCGUCUCCGUCUCACAUGUCACUUCGGGCACGCGCAUGGACAUCCCGAUCCUACCUACCUAUCCCUCAUGACCCCUUGGCCUAGCUAGUUAUCACUCACCUACCCACCUACCUACUUACCCUUGCAAGUAGAUUCACGACACCAACCUCCAGCUUCUAACAUUACUUGCCUCCUUACUUCGCGCCGCAUGAUGUAUCCAAUCCGCCCAAUUUCACUGUUCAUGUUUACGUUCACGUAGCACGUCCGUAUGCGCCUAGUUGGUUCGCCAGCAAUCAAAUCGGAUAACUC